UGAUCAACGGGGCGACAUACUCUUCAGUCAUUUAAGAAAAGACCACGGUUUUCUUGAGUUGGGUGUAAACUGAAGCAGAAACAUCCUUGGGAUGUGUAUGGUCUUCCUUGGAUUAUGAGGAUUUGAGGGAUAUAAGACAUUUAUGGAAAUGCAACUAUCAGAGGUGAAAAAACAGUCAGCACCCACACUGACUUUCUUUAUCAAUAUUAGCAAUUUGAGUUGCACUUACAUUUUGUUGGUACAUAUCAGGGGCCCCCAAAUUUUAGUUGCUCAAGGCAGUAUAUGGCUCCUGGAAGUAUUCUGUGUGGUGCUUUUAUUGUACCCACACAGUGUGUUAAUAGGCUGUAUAAUUGGGCAGAUUUUAGGUUUGGUGGCCAUAUAAGCAGUUUAGUCUCAAUUGUCCUAUGUCUACCCACUCAGGGUGCUUAUGUUAAUCCCACGCCCACUGAAGGCAUUUGGACUUUUGAUUCCUGAUGUUCACAUUCUUUUGUCUAAAAGAACUCUGAACAGUAAGUAUUACUCUGCUCAAAACAAAACAAAACAAAAAACCUUAGGAUAUUUCAUGUCCCAGUUCCAACACCCUUUAAGCUAAUCCCAGCUAAAAAUAAUUCUUCCUUUUCCCGAAUUUCUAUAAAACUUCAGUGAUCCUCACUUUGCAGUCUUGAUCAGCUGUCUUCUGUCGUAGCUCUUUAGGAAGGGUUCCUAUCUUAUUUCAGAGGGAGUGUCCUUUAUCAGCGGAGGUGCUCCUGUGGAAAUGACGCUUGGGCUUGUCAAAGAGAUCCGCUUAUUAUCUGAAACAGCCAAAAAUACUUCCAUGUGUUUGGACCUUUUACUUUAUACUUUCUCUUUGCUCCUUUGCCAGCCCUGGUUGCCUUGAUUUAGAAAUCGGUCUUGGGUUCUGAUGCUUUAUUGACGCUGCCUAGUUUUGAUGAAUCACUUACUCACAACCAGAGUCCUCAUGUUAACUUGCCUGGGAUGAUGUUGACUCCAUUCAUUCAGGGCUUUGGUGACUUAGCUCUGCUUCUCAGUAUAUGAUCCUAAGCUGUGUCCACGUCUUAUCCUGGGGAUGCUACACGAAAGGAACCAUAUUUAUCACCAUGGGAAGAAUUGGGACAGAGUUGAGGAUGGGAGUCCUGCUUUCGUAGUCCCCUGGUACCAAGCACUGUUCUUUGUAGACAGAUCCUUGAUAAAAAUUUGUUAAUGGAAUAAAUGAAAAAACAAAGCAGUUAUAGUAGCAUCUCAUGAUGUGGGAAGGGAAGUACAAUUCAUCUAGUGCUGAAUAUGCUUCUUCUUUACAUGAGGCAUCGUGGUAGGCAUUGAGAAUUCAAAGAUGGAAAGGUAAGGAGUUGGCACUCUCCUGGAAGUCUAGAGUUAAAGGAAAAGUGUGGGUGGUCAGCUAGGACAGAGAUGAUAGAGAACCUAUUAAAUUGUAGGUCUUAAUCCCGGGUCCAGGUUCAAAAAAGUCUUGAAUAUGUUGGAGGGGUUGCAAUUUCCGAGCUGGAAAAAUUCUUGAGGACUUGGGUCUUGAUGCCAGGCUGCAGAACGAUGGCUUCGGAGGGAAGAGGGGGGCAGGUGAAGGAUCUGGCAAAGGUUAAAUGUCAAACCCCUUUGAGGUCAUGAGCAGGUUUCCCAGGGCUGCUCAUUCUACCUUUUGGUCAAAUUUUCCUGGGCUACUUGUUAGAAAAGGAGAUUUUUUUCAUAUUUAAAAAAAAAAAUCACAUGGCAUCCUGGAGAACAAGUUCUUUUACUAGCAUGACAUGACUUUUAAAGUACUGAAAUCUGUUGUGAAGCGCAGCGGAGGUUCUGAAUUCUUUUUGGGAAAUGGGGCCCCAACCUUACUGGUAAAUUUGUGCUUUUACUUAAGAUCACAGAUGAUGUGGUCAGCGUUUUUUGAUUAUGAAGCAAGCUCUAAGAAAAUAGAACAACUGAAGUAAUCUUCCUCUCUCUAAACUGUAAGUUAUCUUUCACAGCAUCUCAUUGGAGAGGCAACCUUGAGGGCUAAAGUAACUAGGUUAUCCUCUCAUCUAACCAACACGAGGAACUGUCUGGCUUCCGUGAGUGACAUGAGCCCAGAGUGGGGUGGAGGGAAAUGUGGAUGUAUUGCAUUUUGAGGUCUGGGUUGCUGUUUGUCACUCUGUCUCUUGCCAUUGCCAAGCACAAGCAAUCUUCCUUCGCCGCAAGUUGCUACCCAAGGGGAACACUGUCCCAAGCUGUUGAUACGCUCUAUGUCAAGGCAGCAAGGCUCAAAGCAACAAUUCCAGAAGAUCGCAUAAAAAAAGUACAGUUAUUAAAAAAGAAAACAAAAAAGCUAUUUAUGAAAAACUGCAGACUCCAAGAACAACUACUGUCCUUUUUCAUGGAAGAUGUUUUUGGUAAACUCCAAUUACAAGUUUGCAAGGAAAUACACUUUGUGGAAGACUUUCACAGCCUUAGGCAGAAAUUGAGCCACUGUAUUUCCUGUGCUUCAUCAGCUAGAGAAAUGAAAUCCAUUACCAGGAUGAAAAGAAAAUUUUAUGAGAUUGGAAAGAAAGGAAUCUACAAAGCCGUCAGUGAACUGGCUAUUCUUCUUUCCUGGAUUAAACAAUUUCUGGAAAGCAUUAAGUAAUGCAAGAAGCCAAGUGGAUUGAUUUGACUGUUAUUUUGAAAUAUAAUGAGAACAACCAGAAAUCAAUUUAAAGCAGUGUAUUUCCUUUUUAAAAUUUUGUACAUAGUACUAACAGCAAAUUAGAUGAUUCAGAAUAGACUAGAGGACUUUAAUGUAAUAAAAUUUUGGAGGUAAGUAAGUUGUCACUAAUAUGCACAUUUUCUGUAUUUUCAAAGAAUGUUUUCAGCCUGAACAUGUUUUGUCAUUCCCAAGUGCAUUGCAUGAGUUUAAUCUAAAGGCGUAUAACCAGAAUUAAAUCAUGUAAUAUUUGUGCAUAGAAAAUGACAGAUUUCUGGGAUACAAUAUAAUGUUAUUGAGACUUACAUAGCUGCCGUGUAUAUGAUUACUGUCUACUUAAGGGUUUGGUGAUUAUUAAUUAUGCCCAGUGUGAACUUAGCCCCUAAUAGAUUUUGAUUUUAAUGAAAUAAGCUGUGUUUCUUUCUCCUGGAUGUCCUUUUUAGGACAGUAUGCUAGAAUUUCAUUGAGUACAAUGGGUAACUACCAGAUCAGAUCA